CCAAGAUGGAAGCUACCCUGUAAACAUUGUUGGGAUGUCAGCCUUACAACGGAUCCGUGAGUCACAUGCAUGUGUAGGAAGAAAAGUAGUGAGUGUGACCUGUUGAUACUUUACUCAACAUUGAUCAAAGCCCUGCGUCUCACUAUAUUUCUGCAUAGAACACUUCUCCUGAAGUCCCUCUGCCCAGUUCAGGGCUGAUACAUCGUCAUGGCUGACCGCAUGUGACCCAGAUGGAAGAUACCCUGCAGGCUCUGUUGGGACCCAACCUUACAACGGGUCAGUGAGUCACAUGCGUGCAUAGGAGGAGAAUCUAGUGAGUGCGAGCUGUUGAUAUUUCACUCAGCUCUUUUCCAAUAUACAGCAAGAUAAAACCGGUAUCUCUGUGCCUGGCUACAUACCUGCCCACAGCAUGUAUCUAAUUUAAUCCUUUCUGAAAAGGAUGUACCUGAAUAUGAGCAAAUGUGACAUGGAUAACGAAUGUGAAAGCUGAACACAUUGUUCACAUAUACGUGAUAUGUGUCAACAAUCUUAUUAAACGUCUGUGACAAUCUGUUGUGUGUUACUGGCGUUGUUAUGGACUGUAGUCCCCUAUCAUGGCUCCAAAAAAAAACCAUUUAGAUACAUAAACUCAUACACGACACAGUGGAUAUUCAGUGAGCGUAACCUUUAACACAGUUUGACUGCGUAUUUCACUUCCUGGUUGCUCAACAUGGCGGGUGUCUGGAUAUUCGUUGUAGUGGUCUUACUUCGAUGGAUACAGCUGACAUCGUGUUCCUGUCAACCAGGAAAGUUUGGAGAGUCCUGUAGCUACUCCUGUCACUGCGGGACAUCAUGUGACGAGACUACAGGUGCCUGUUCUGGUUCUUGUGAUAGGGGAUGGAGAAAGGAGGGAGGUCUUUGCCAGAAACGAAACAUUGCACUGAGCAAGACAACAUCAACAACACCUGAAGCAUACCCAGCCUGGCCCGCAUCAAAUGCUGUGGAUGGAGACAGUGACACUGGUGGUAAGGGUAGAACCUGUUUCCACGCUGGUGGAUCUCCGUCAGACUGGACAGUGGACCUGGGCAGGGACUUCCAGCUGUAUGACAUCAGGAUCUACAGUAGACGUAAUUUCUAUUUAAGAAAUGCCAACUCCAACAUCUAUCUGGACAACGAUCCCUCCAGCAUCUGCUCCACCCUCCCGAGUCCAUCAAAUACACCCAACCCAACUGACGUGACGUGUAACGGUACCGGCAGAUACGUCACCAUUAGGAACCCGGGGAAUGGAGGUGAUGCUGGCUAUGAUAGCGCACUGAACAUCUGUGAGGUGGAGAUCUAUGUCUGCAGUACAGGUGUCUACGGGGUGAACUGUGAUAAGUUCUGUCACUGCCUGGAUUCAACCUGUGAUCGGUGGACUGGAUUGUGUCCUGGAGACUGUAGACCAGGGUGGCAGGGACAGAGAUGUGAUACAGCUUGCAACAGCACUACCUAUGGCAUUAACUGCAACGAGAUAUGUGCUGGGCGGAAGUGUUCAGCUUCAAAUUCGUCAUGUGACCGUCACACUGGCGCAUGUGACACAGGCUGUCUUCCUGGUUGGAUGGAGGUUAACUGCACACAAGAAUGUACCAAUGGAAAGUACGGCGCAAACUGUACUAGUCUUUGCUCUGACAGACACUGUGCGGGAAAUUCAUCAUGUGAUCAUGUGACUGGGUCAUGUGAUUCUGGAUGUAAAGCUGGAUGGAUGGGUGUUGAUUGUAAAGAAGAAUGUGAUUCCAAACAUUAUGGAUCCAACUGUCUUAAGAUAUGCUCCACCAGAAACUGUGAUGGAAACUCUUCCUGUAACUCAACAGGGACCUGUGACAGUGGAUGUCUGACAGGGUGGAUGUAUCCUGAUUGUACAGAAUGUGAUUCCCAACAUUAUGGGAACAAGUGCAAUAUGAGUUGCAGCUCCAGACACUGUAUGAAGAACUCUUCCUGUAACGCAACAGGGAUCUGUGUUGGUGGAUGUGAAGCAGGCUGGACAGGGGAUGACUGUGCAGAGAAAGUUGCCACACAGACCCCAAGUCAGCAGCCUGAAGACGCCUCUUUUCCAAUCGCUGCUGUAGUGGGAGCUGUAGUCGGCGUGGUGGUGAUACUGCUGCUGGUCCUUGCAGUCAUCCUGAUAAGAAGAAGACGGGGGAAAAGUCAUGGACGCUCUGCACACAAGACAGUGUUUGCUGAUAACGUGAAACCGACACAAGCGGAAGACAUUGGCAUGUACAUGAAUAUCGGAUUUGAUAACGACGAGAAACCAACGUUGUCUCCAGAGAAGACAUCAGCUAAACAAAUGAAGGCUCAUAGGAAGACCGAAUCCCAAGGCAAUUCAACAGGUGACCUUGACCUUCAGAAAGUAGAGGAGGAAGAGGACUAUGAUGUGUCUGAGCAGCCUGCACAGGUUGAGGACACACCAGAGGUCCCUGACAGAAACUACUACAACCUGGACGACAAUGGACGGGAUCACGUGAUUCCGGUGUCAGAAUUACAGAAAAAGGUGGAUGAAAUGACUCCAGCAAGUACAGAAGAAGAAUAUAAGCGACUUCCUGAUGGUUAUGUACACUCCUAUGAUGAAUCUCAACAACCUAAAAACAAAGGGAACAACAGGUUCAGAGGCUAUUACCCAUAUGAUUACAACCGCGUGGUGCUGCACCGCGUCAGUGACGACAAAGAAGGAGACUACAUCAAUGCCAGCUACCUCGAUGGAUACAAAGCAGAAAAGCGUUACAUAGCAGCACAAGGUCCCUACAGACCGGAAGUAGUGGUGGAUUUCUGGCGAAUGAUCUUUCAGGAGCAAUCUACAACAAUUGUCAUGGUGACGGGACUUGUAGAGGCGGGGAAGAUGAAGUGUCUUCAGUACUGGCCAGAGAAAGGAACUUCCAUUUACGGCGACAUCUCAGUUACCAAGGAGACAGAAACUCAGCUUGCAAACUACACAGUCACAAAACUGUCUGUUCACAAUAAAUCGGAAGGAAAGAUACAUCACGUUCACCACUUUCACUUCACAAGUUGGCCUGACCAUGGCGUACCAGACACUUCCGCCUUGCUGGAGUUUAUGUGGAGGGUCAGGGUCACCACAAGACAUCAAACACAACCUAUCAUAGUCCACUGCAGUGCUGGUAUAGGCCGGACAGGGACGUACAUAGCUAUAGAGAGUCUCGUGGAUCAGGCAGCAGCAGAAGGUAAUGUGGACGUCGUCAGCUUCGUCUCCAGCAUGAGAGGCCAAAGGAAGAACAUGAUACAGACCAAGGAGCAGUACCUGUUCCUGUACCAGGCCGUGGCUAUGGCGGUUACAGAGGGGGACACCUCACUGGAUGCUGACGCCAUCAGACAGAUAGAUCUCAGUCAUGUACCUUCACUUACAAUGGGCAACAAGAACGUACAGGAACACCUGGAUGCUUUAGGAAAUACAUCCGAAACAGGUCUUCCUGGAGAUCAUAUUACCACGGUGGCAUCCUACACAUCAAGGAAGGGCUUCUUCAUAACAACGUCACAACCAGACAAAGAGGAACUAUGGAAUCAGAUGUAUAACAGCGAUUCGCGCACAUUGAUCACUUUGGCUGUAGAAAACCAGAUCUUCCUCCCGUCGAUGGACAGUCCUGUCUCCACAUCAAAGCUGACAGCAAGCCUGCAAACAUCUAAAGUUAUAUCAAAUGAUGUUAUCCUGAACAUUAUUGAUCUCACAGUAAAUGAUGCUGACGUCACCUCAACAAUUCAACACUAUCAUAUGACCGGAAGUACACAUGAUCCAAGUGUCACUCUGUUGAUUGACAGCUUACUUACAUGGAUGAGUGACCCACAGAGAUGUUCCUGCACAAUCAUGUCACACUCUGUGAGCGAGGCACGGUUCUUGGUCCUUUUGGUGAACAUCGCCAGCAGGCUGCAGGACGACAGCAGGGUGGACGUCAUCAGCAACAUGCGACGUCUACACUCCACUCUCGGUGGACCUCAAUUCUCUCAGGAGGAUGUUCGCCAGUGUCUGGAGUUUGCACAAGGACGACUGGAAUCUCUUGGACUCUAUGCUAAUCUGUAAAGCAUUGUUAUUCAUGGUAGCACUGUGCAAUACCAUUUCAAUAUUGUACCUGAUUUUUUGUGUAUUAUCAGCAAUAUUGCUAAUGCAAACGGACAAGGCUUUUUACUAAUAGACCAAAAAUGACUGUAAUAUAAUGACACAGUAGUCUAGUUAUGACAAUGAACAUGACUACUUGGUAAAACUUUACAAGUCUUUACAAUAAUCGAGUUGUGAUGUGUACUAAUGACACGAGAGACUUGAUAAAACAGUUUUUUCAUGUUUGUAUAAGUAAUGAAGCUUUUUACAAUGUUUUCACAAAACAAGAAGAAAACCGGAAACAACUUCUAACUUGUUUACAAUUUGUUUUUAUUUCAAACCUUUUACUAGACUGAAUGUGAUAUCAUGAUGUUACAAUAUUUGAAAAGGCUAUUCUGUAUUCCUUUCAGCAAAGAAUACUACUAGCAAUACAUGCUUACACAUAUUUGUCAUGAAGGGUUUGAUCCGGCAGCCAAUACGUCUCUCCCUUAAUGAAUGUUACAGUUUAUCGUCCCCUCGGCAAUAUUUCAGCAAUAAAGUUGGAAAACAUAUUUCAUAAAUGUAAAAUUGUGUCGUCGAAGGAGAGACUGGCAACUGGAUUAGCCCUUAGUUUUCAAAACUAGUUUGAGAGCAGGCGAUAUAUUAAACUAACAA